AUGGUGAUGUUUCUUGGAGCCUGCUUGGAUAAGGACGCACCAAUCAUGUGCAUUACGGAGUACAUGCCUGGAGGGGAUCUCGAACGCUACUACAUGGCCAAACGACGGGAGAAAAUGGCUGAUGUCUGGUGCCCGCCUUUAUGGCGCAUCUUGGAGUGGUGCUCUGCUGUGGCUAGAGCGCUGGCCUUUCUCCACCACCGCGAAGAGCCUCUGAUUCACAGAGACUUGAAACCGCUGAACCUGCUUUUGAACAAGCACCUUGAAGUGAAGGUGGCUGACAUGGGCAUCUCCAAAGUUAUGGCGGCAACCAACGGCAACGCGGCCUCCUACACCAUGACGGGUGGAGUUGGCAGCUGGCUUUACAUGGCGCCAGAGGUGGUCAGGCAUGAACAAUACAACGAGAAGGUUGACAUCUAUGCUUUCGGGCUGAUAAUGUACUUCAUGAGUUCUGGGCGAACUCCCUUCUACCAGCUGGGAAGAGAUCCCGAGCUGGCUGCUCUUUUGCAAGCAGAGGGUGGCGUUGUUGCUCAAUAG